ACCAACAACUGAAUUUCCUCACCUGAUCCUUUCAUCCUCCUAUUUUCACUGCAGAAUCUCCAUCGGUGCGGCGCGACUAGGAACGUGAACUUUAAAUUCUCGCAAUCAAUUUCUAAGUUCAAGUUAUAGGUUGUCUUUUAUAUGGUAGAUUCGCUGAAUGAAAUCACAAUUAUCAUGUGGUGCAGUGGUUGGUGCUCCCAUUUGUCUUCUCAAAGAUUCAAUUUUGGUGGAGGAGCAGUUGUGAUAGAGAUAUCGAGAUAUUGCCCGGGGACUGCCCUAGUCGCGUUGCAGAUUGCCCGAGACCAGUUCUGCAUAGAGAUCUUGAGUUAUGGGGUCGGAUCUUAGUCGUAAAUGUCAAGUAGAGUCUAGGAGAGUCGUGUGGAUAGUAGCUCUGGUGCUUGCCUCGGUCUUAGUAGUUCAAUUCUUCGACAUGCCAUAUGGAGGCCGCGUGCUGUCGUUGUUCCCUAUGGGGACGUCUCAGUUCAACUCGUCUGGUGUUGGAUAUGAUGGGCAGCAGUCGAACCUGAAUCACUCGUUGCCAACGAGGCAGCAGUCACAGGAGGGAAGUGUUUCCAAAGGAAACGUUGUGUUGGGAGACUUGCCGGAUAUCAAACACACGGAUGAAGAGGAUGGUAUGGUGAGAACUGCUAGCGUCGUGCCAGAAAAGGCGAGCUCCUCGUCUGAGAUUAGCCCGUCUGCAGCUGCACCAGACGAGGAGGCCGGUGUUGCUGAUGUUAGUCCAUCUGUUAGUGUCACGGCUGCAGCACCGGCACCUUAUGAGGCGAGGGUUGAGACGUAUAAUGCUUCAACCUCGAAUAGCAGCACUACAGCAUUAGUCUCGGGCGGAGAUGCAAGGGUUGCUGCAAGCCCGACAUCAUCGACUGAAUCAGCACCUUCUGAUGUAGACGGUGAAAACGUGACCUCUAGGAACGAGAGCAACGGGGCAUUGAACAGUCCCGUUGCAUUAGACGAGCAUUCUUCCGUGGUAAACAGUCCUCCCACAGAACAACCCAAGAUCCCUGAGAAAAGUCCCUCUGUAUCAUCAAUAUCAGACAUGAAUGAUAUGUUGCUCCACAGCCGUGCUUCGUCGUUUUCAGAGGCUCCUUUAUGGUCUUCAGCUGCUGAUCAAGAGCUAUUAGAUGCAAGGUUCCAAAUCGAGCACACACCGAUCAUCAGCAAACAUCCGGCCCUAUACGCCCCAAUUUAUCGAAAUCUUACAACAUUUUUGAAGAGCUACGAGAUUAUGGAGCAGAAGCUCAAGGUGUACGUCUACGAGGACGGAGAUAGGCCCGUUUUCCACAAUCCGAGGCUGAGAGGUAUAUACGCUUCCGAGGGAUGGUUCAUGAAACACAUGGAAGCAAGUAGCCAAUUCGUGACUAGCAAUCCCGAAGAAGCUCACUUGUUUUACUUGCCAUUUAGCUCUCAACUUCUCGUGGACUACGUCUACGUUAAAGACUCUCAUUCUUUCGAUGACAUAAACGAGUUCUUGAAAAACUACGUCGACACAAUCAAGGCUCGCCACCCUUUCUGGAACAGAACAGACGGGGCGGAUCAUUUCCUCAUUGGUUGCCAUGAUUGGGCAACAUAUGAGACGAAGCGCCUCAUGUCCAAGUGCAUACGCGCAGUAUGCAACUCGGACAUCAAAGAAGGAUUCAAAUUCGGCAAGGAUGUCGCACUUCCAGAGACACACAUCCGAUCGCCUCAAAAUCCGAUGAGAGUGACCGGAGGCAGGCCUGCCUCCGAGCGGACCACCCUCGCCUUCUUUGCUGGCAAGAUGCACGGUGACGCCCGUGCCAUCUUGCUCAAGCACUGGGAGAACAAGGACCCGGACAUGCAGAUAUCCGGGCCGAUACGGAAGGGCUACAUGUGGUACAUGCAGAACAGCAAGUACUGCAUAUGCGCCAAGGGAUACGAGGUCAACAGCCCGAGGGUGGUCGAGGCCAUCUUAUACGGCUGCGUGCCCGUGAUCGUCUCGGACAACUUCGUGCCCCCGUUCUUCGACAUCUUGAACUGGGAGACAUUCGCGGUGUUUGUCCUCGAGAGAGACAUCCCGAACCUCAAGACCAUCCUCGUCUCGAUUUCGGAGACGAGGUACGCCGUGAUGCAGCACCGGGUACGGCGGGUGAGGCAGCAUUUCCUUUGGCACAAUGUGCCUCAAAGGUAUGAUAUCUUUCACAUGAUACUUCACUCUGUUUGGUACAAUAGAGUGUUUCGUGUGUCGCCAAAGUGACCUCUUCUCUUCUAGUUUGGUCGUACGAGCGCAAAAAAAUGUGUCAAGAUUCGUUGGAGCCUUAAGGGCGCCCAUGUUCGGAUCCAGACUCGUAUCUGGUGAUGUAUUUGUAAUAUUAUUUUUAUUAUUAUUGGUGUGUAAAAUAGUGUUUGGAUCCGGAUCUUGACACGUCCGACGGAUCUUGACCAAUCAAAUUGUGUGAGGUGAGUCUCUUUCUCUCUCUCUUAAAAUAGAUAGAAAUAAAGGGAGUAAUGGGUAGAUCAAGAAAAUUGGGAAUUAUAAUUAUUUGGGUUUGUGUUGUAUCAUAUGCUUAAAGGAGCAUUGAUAUAUAGGGGAUGCAAGAUUUGAGCUCCUGAUUUUUUUUUAA